AUGGCCUGGCUGGCGCGCAGCCUCCGCGGCUCGCAGCCCGUCGCCCGUUUCCAGCGCCGCUGCGGGCUUUUCCUCGUCGCCUCGGAGGUCGCAGAGGGCGGAGCGCGCCAGGCCAACGGCAGCAGCCACCUGCCGGCCGCUCGGGACCUCCGCAAUGGGGGCGGCCGCGCAGCCCCGGCCGAGCGUCGCGCCACCUGCAACGGCGGCCCCAGCAAGAGUGGUGAAGACCAUCCACAGGAAUAUGUUGUAAAGAAUUACUUCUACUAUUACCUGUUCAGGAUUUCAGCAGCAAUGGGCCAAGAAGUUUUCUACAUUACGUUCCUCCCAUUCAUUUACUGGACCGUUAACCCAUACGUUGCUAGAAGGCUUAUAAUUGUGUGGUCUGUGGUUAUGUACCUUGGUCAAGUCUCAAAGGACCUACUAAAGUGGCCUCGCCCUUAUUCACCGCCUGUUGUGAAGCUUGAAAAAAGAACAAGUGCAGAAUACGGAAUGCCAUCCACACAUGCAAUGGCAGCAACUGCCAUCUCAUUUACUUUCGUUGCAGCAACUGUGAACCAGUAUAAGUAUCCCUUUGAGCUAGGACUGAUGGGAGCCUUUUUAUUUUCAACACUGGUAGGCCUCAGCAGAAUUUACACUGGAAUGCACACUGUGCUGGAUGUGAUUGUUGGCAGUCUGAUCUCAGGGCUACUGAUUGCAGUCACGUAUCCAUCCUGGGAUUUCCUUGACCAUUUGAUGCUCACCAGUGCUUGGUGCCCUAUAUUCUGCAUUGUUGUGCCUCUGCUCUUGUGCUACAACUACCCCAGACUUGAUUAUUACAGUCCUACAAGAGCAGACACUACCACAAUUUUGGGAGCUGGAGCAGGGGCAACGAUAGGAUUUUGGAUGAAUCAUCACUACAUAACAAACGUUUCAGCUGAAAUUGUCAGUCCUACUUCAGCUAUGGCUGAAAUGCUCUUGAUGAUGCUUGCAAGGUUUUUGGUGGGCAUUUGUUUACUGGUUGUCACUCGGCAGAUUAUUAAAAGCAUGGCACUUAGAGCAGUGUGUUCUUGGUACAAAGUUUCUGUUGGUGAUCUUGUAGCCAGACAGCGAGCAGAAAUUGAGGUGCCCUAUAAGUUCACAACCUACUCUUUCAUUGGUCUUAGUGCUACAGUUCUGGUGCCAUUACUGCAUGAGAUCUUAGGCUUAAACUGAGUAGCAUAUUGCCUGGCCUUUUUUUUUUUACCCAGUCCACAUUGGGUGGGGGGUAGGGUCUAAGUUGUGCAGCAGAAAAAUCUCCACCCAGGUAUGUUGUGCUUUUCUGCACUGAUCCAAAACAUAGUUAGUACUGGAAAUGCAAAAGGACCUUUUUUGUAGAAAUAAAAUGCGUGCUGCAGUUUGGCAUGAGCAGACUUAGAAUACAAGUAGCUGCUGCUGGACUUGGCUGUCUUUGAGCAAACCUUUAGCUGAACUAUGGCCUGGUACUCUGCCAUGCGAGACCUAACAGUCCCCUCUGUCCUACACUGCUUGUAACAGAAGCAAGAUGUCACCAAAUGAAUGCAUUGGAAAGGAUCCUUACAGAGAGGGAUGCUCCGUUUUUUGUUUUUUUAAGUGUUCUGUAAGCAUGUAGGUUCAGAGAGGGAGUAAAAUGAGGAGAGGCCAAAGGUGUCAAGAAAAGGAGAUGCCGCUCUUAAUGUCAGACAGAUUCUCGGCCAUUAGUUUCAUUGUAGGCAAUGCCAGUAAAAAAGAAUAAGAGCUUUACUGAAAAGUACAAACUUAAGGUCUGUACGGCACUGGCUAGAUAGCCUGAGCCUAACCAAGGCCCAUCUAGCACAAUGAUUUAAGCACCCAAGUUCAUAUCCUAGGAAAGAGACACCCACUUACCAGGGUGUGAUGAUCAGUGUUGCGAUGUUCAUAACGCUCCCUGCUGAGGUGGUGCCACAUUGGCUCACCUUGACAUCUUUCAGUGGCAGGUUUUUAUAUUGCUUGUCAGAGAGCAGUGCUUUAAAACACACACACAUUCUGGAACUUUUAAAAAUCUGAUUAUUGACCCAAAUUUCUCGCUACGUUGUAGAUCAGCUCUUCUUCAGUUUUACUUUUCUAUCUAUAAUUUGAGAUUUUCCAGCUGCAGCGUAUUUUUUAGGCUCCAAACUGCUUUGAGGACAGACUGCAGCUGACAGUGAAGAGUCCCUGCUGAAGUAUGCUUUGGCUUAUGGCAUUGGGCUCUGUUACGGUUUCCAGCCUUAACAUUUUUGCAGCAGUUCUUGCUGUUCUAGAAUUGCCCCAAAUUGGUAAAGACAACCAAGCUGCUGUAAUUGCCUAGGCCCUGGAGCACUGAAGCAUUAGGACUAAGAAACUGCAAGCAAGUACAGAUAUAAUGCUGUAUCUGUUUUUAAAUGGUCCUAACCCUUUCUUUCCUUAAUCACUUUCCUUAAUCACUACCAUUGUGCCCAACGGUAGUGUUCUGUUGAAAUUUAAAGCUUCAAGCAAGGAUUCUACACCUGUGAUUUUGCUGCAAUGGCUGUAUUUUUUUUAAAAAAAGUUUCCCAUGUAUUUGAGUUCUGGGAUGAGGCAAACCUCUUCACUGAGUUCUUCCUCAAGCUAACAGAGAUGCCAAAGAAGAUGCAACCCCCCCCCCCCAAAUCUAUGACCAGAAAUCAUUGUGUGGUUUCAGCUUUGCAUAAAUAACCCACUGUAGGAAGGCAAAUAUAUUACAGUAUCAACUAGAUUUAACCUUAAAUGCUUUAGACUCACAGGACAGGGAAAUUAACUGGUAUCUAAGUGUGAAAGUAAUUUUAAAAAAUUAAUUACUUAGAAAGGGAACAGCUUCAGUAUUAUACUAUGUGGUUUUAAAUCCCCCUUCUUUUCCUGUAUUUGCACUUGUGCCAGGCUGAAGUGUUUGCAUUUCUCUGAGCACCUUUACAUAUUGAGUGAUACUUGUGUUCUAUGAUAUACAGGCUUAUGAAGGCUAAAGACCUGAAGCUGAUGGAAUUGUUGUAUCAAAAUGUAAAUUUCUAAGGCAGAAUUAGAUGCUUCAAAAGAGACAGGGAGCUCCUGACUGUAUUCUUGAAAUAAUGUUACUAUAGAUCACUUUUAGGGGAAACUGACCCCCUUCCGGGCAGUUGUGUUCUUUCAGUUUUGUACCAAAACGAGAAGUGAGCCUGUUUGGGAAAAACUGCUUUGGGGUGAUAGUGUGGUAGGUUUGCAGGCACGAGAGGUUAAGCCAUCCCUCUUUCCUGCCCAUCUGUCUCUCCAUGCAACUGAGGCAGGAUACUGUAGGGAUUAGGGUCAGACUACAAAUGGAAAGCGCUAGGUUCCAAUCCCACAUUUGGCUAUAAAGCUCACUUGGUGACCUUGCUCUGAACUUGCAAGUUUGUUGGGAGGAUAAAAUAAAGAAUCAUGUUAUGCUGCCCUGAGCUCUUUGGAGGAAGGGUAGAUUAUAAAAGUUAUAGAUAAGUGCCUUUCUCUCAGCAAAACACAGGCUUGAGCCUGUGUUUGCAGAAAUGCCAUCUAAUUCUGCCUCAGAGGAAAACAUACUGUAAAUAUAAGAUUCUUUAUUUUGUGUCUGGCUUUCUAAUCCUUUGAAAUGUAUAUGUAUAUCUUGUGUGCUUUUGGUUACAAAGCUGCUUUCUUUAUAUUGCAACUAUUUUAUUUUGUAUUAAUACACGUGCUCAGAUUCAACCUGCAACUUCUAUUUUUAUAUCAUUAAUUUACAGUAAGUUGUACAGUAUAAAUUGCC